UCUUGAAUUUUGCUGUUCUGAUCAUCAUGAGAAUCAGUGUGAAGAGUUUGUUUCCAGUCUUGUCUGUCGCUGUGGUGUUUUUCUAUAUGAACUCUGUCAAUUGGAAAAUCCAAACACAAGAGAAGCAGCUUCACCAAGUCCAGCAGAACUUCUCAUUACACAGCGAACUUCUCCUCAAGAAGCUGGACAAACUGGAGGCUCAUUUAUAUGCUGUGGAAGAGAAAAGCCUCAAAGUGAGAAAUGAAAAGAAGUCAGCGAAGAAGCUGUUUCCAAACUCUGAUCUCUUCAAAAAAUGGACUGUGGAACUUUCUGAGGACGAUCAGAGGAAGGCUGAGGAUCUCUUUCAGAAAUACGGCUAUAAUGCCUUCCUCAGUGACCAGAUGCCUCUGGAUCGGGAGCUGCAGGACACUCGAGACCACAGAUGCAUUGGACGUGAAUAUCCACACAAUCUGCCCACCAUCAGCGUGGUGCUGAUUUAUCUGGAUGAGGCUCUGUCUGUCAUUCAAAGAGCCAUUUGCAGCAUCAUCAACAGAACUCCAGCCCACCUGCUGAAAGAGAUCAUACUGGUGGACGACCACAGCAAAAAUGAAGAGCUGAAGACACAGCUGCAUGUUUAUAUCAGCUCCAUCAAUGAGAAGCACCCAGGCCUGGUGAAGAAGGUGACCCAUCCAGAGCAGAAAGGCCUGUCCCAGGCCAGAAUCGCAGGCUGGAAGGCUGCCACCGGGGAUGUGGUUGCCAUUUUGGACGCCCACAUUGAGGUCCAUGUCAAAUGGGCGGAGCCUCUGCUUGCACGUAUCCAGGCUGAUCGCACGCUGGUCCUGAGCCCCGUGUUUGACAGAGUGAAUUACUAUGACUUGGAAGUGAUCAAGUAUCCCCCCUCUGCUCAUGGUUUUGACUGGGCUCUCUGGUGCAUGUACAUGCCUUUCCCACAGAAGUGGUACGAUCAAAAGGACCCUUCACAGCCAGGAAAGAGUCCCUCUGUAAUGGGAAUACUCGUGGUUGAUCGUCUGUUCUUUGGAGAGAUUGGGAGUCUGGAUGGAGGGAUGCAGGUGUACGGAGGAGAGAAUGUUGAAUUAGGAAUACGGGUGUGGCUUUGUGGAGGAAGUAUAGAGAUUGUUCCCUGCUCUAAAGUUGCCCACAUUGAAAGGGCGCACAAACCCUACAUGCCUGACCUUAGCAAUGUAAUGAAGAGAAAUGCCCUCAGAGUGGCAGAAGUUUGGAUGGACGAAUACAAGAGAAAUGUCCACAUCGCCUGGGGUGUCCCCAUACAGAAUCAUGGAAUAGACAUCGGUGAUGUUUCAGAGAGAAAGAAACUGAGAGAGAGGCUGAAAUGCAAACCAUUCAAAUGGUAUCUGGAAAAUGUCUAUACUGCAUUAAAUCCCACAAAUAUACUUGCUUAUGGAGCGCUGAUUAAUGAUCUACAAACAAGUUUAUGUUUGGAUAAGGGGCCAGUUGAGGAGAAUAUUCCCAUUUUAUAUCCAUGUCAUUUCUCUACCUCACAGGUAUUUUACUAUACAGCAAGUGGUGAGAUACUUGCUGAUCCCCUGCCGUCCCUUUUACAUGAUCGGAGCCGCUGUCUAAUUGAUCCCGGCUCAGGCAGAUUUCCAGAGCUGUCCUGGUGUUCAGACACUGAAAAACCAAAACACAUGUACUGGGAUUUCAAACAGGGACAGGCCAUACAGAACAGAGAAACCAAACGCUGUCUGGAGAUCAACGCUGAGCAGAAUGAAAAAUAUGAAAAAAACGUUUUUAUUCAGGAGUGCAGAAACCAGCACUGGAGGAUACAACAUUUAAUUCAGGACUUAUGAAACGCAAGAAAAUCAAUUUAGAUAAACGCAGCUGACACGCUGGAGCCUGCUGGAGAAACAUCACAGAUAGUGUUGGUGCUAAAAAUGUGAAUGCAGCUACGCACUGAAAGAAAUUAGGUACUAAAAAUGUACUUGCUGUUACAUUUGUAAAUUAUCAGUUCAAGGGAAGUAGGGAGUGUGACGCCAUUUCUUUUGCAUAUAUCGUUUGUUCUAUGUUUUGGGUUAAGGGAGUAAGGGAAGUUGUAUUUUUCUUCUGAUGUGUUUUCUUUUUUCUUUUUUUUAAGGGAAUUUAGAUGGAACUAAAUUUUUGUUUGUUAUUUUGGCCUUGUCCACUCCUGAAUUGUAUCUGUUUGUUUCUGAUUUUCAUUAUAAUUUUGUCAAUCUAUUUUUGUUUGAUAUUAUCUUAUUUCUGAGUGAGCGCACAUUCAUUUAUGUUAUAGCUGGCCUUAGGCGGCCGUAACAAAUUUUAAAAUCAAAAAUCAAAAUAAAACACAGGAAAAUUUUACUUGCAUGUCAUGUGACUGUUAACUGACAUCAGAGAUCUGUGAAAAUGUGAAUGUGCUGUUAAACUAUUGAAAUAUUUAGAAAUGGUUUCAUGCUUCUAUAUAGUCUGCCCUAUUACUAACAGCCCUCCAUGGGGCAUGUUGUCACAAAAUGUCAAUGUCUAUUAAAGGAAUAACCAAAAA